AUGUAUCUUCUUUCGAGAGCCAUAUUUACCUUUGUGGCUUGCUCCUCCAUCGCCAUAUCAUCGAUAUCCGCUUUCACUCCACUAUCAUGGGAUCAAGCUUAUGUCAAGGCAGAUAUGCUUGUAGGACAAAUGUCUCUGGAGCAAAAAGUCAACCUGACCACCGGUGUGGGAUGGUCCAAUGGCCCGUGUGUGGGAAAUUCCGGUCGUAGUGUGAAUCCUAAUUUUCCAGAAUUAUGCCUGCAAGAUGCUCCAUUGGGAAUCCGCUUUGCUGAUCUUGUCAGUUCAGGUGUCGCUGGUAUCAAUGCUGCUGCCUCGUUUGAUAAAGCUGCUAUUCGACGACGUGGCGAGUAUAUGGGCAAGGAAUUCCGAGCCAAGGGCAUCAAUGUGCAACUGGGUCCUGGUAUGAAUAUGGCGCGUACAGCCGCAGGAGGACGAAACUGGGAAGGCUUUGGUGAGGACCCAUAUCUAGCAGGAAUAGCAUCUGCUGAGACAAUCCAAGGCAUUCAGAGCGAAGGCGUGAUGGCCACUGCAAAGCAUAUCAUUGGCAAUGAGCAGGAAACCAACCGCAAUGAGGCGUCUUCGGACAUUGACGAUCGCACCAUGCAUGAAAUUUAUUUAUGGCCGUUUGCGCGCUCGGUGGAAGCUGGCGUUGCUUCCGUCAUGUGCUCGUACAACAAAGUGAACGGUGUAUACGCCUGCGAGAGUGAAUAUGUUCUCAAUCAAUUAUUGAAAGGCGAACUGGGAUUCAAAGGCUUUGUUCAGAGCGAUUGGAGCGCUACACACUCCACCAGCCCCAGUGUCAACGGAGGUUUGGAUAUGACGAUGCCAGGCGAUGUCAAAUUCGGUUCUGGCACAUCUUAUUUUGGUAGCACUCUAGUUGAUGCUGUUCGUCGCGGUGAAGUGACAGAAGCUCGAGUUACCGAUAUGGCCACGCGCAUUGUCGCUGCAUGGUAUAAACUUGGGCAAGACCAAAAUUUCCCACCUGUCAACUUUGAUUCGUUCCAUCCUGAUCGCGGUCAACAUAUCGACGUACAGGAUAACCACAAGGAAUUGAUCCGCGAAAUGGGAGCAGCAUCCACUGUGUUGCUUCGUAACAAGAAUAACAUUUUGCCGCUUCAACCCUCCAAACUUCGUCGACUAGCUGUCAUUGGAGAGGAUGCUGACAUGAACCCAUCCGAUCUAAACUCGUGUCCCGACCAUGGGUGUGACAAGGGAACCCUCGCUCAAGGCUGGGGAUCAGGAACAGCGGAAUUUCCCUAUCUCAUUACGCCGUUGCAAGGUCUGCAGGACGCCCUUCCAGACUCUGUAACAAUCGAUGCAAGUGCGGACAAUGAUAUCGGAAAGGCUACGCAAACUGCCAAGGGGGCCGAUAUUGCUAUUGUUUUUGCAAACUCUGAUUCUGGAGAAGAAUACAUUACGGUGGAAGGCAAUAAGGGUGACCGUAAUGAUAUCUCCUUAUGGCAUAAUGGCGACAGCUUGGUCGAAGCGGUGGCCAACGCCAAUAAGAAUACGAUCGUCGUCAUUCAUUCUGUUGGACCCAUUACUAUGCCGUGGAUAAAUCAUCCGAAUAUUCAAGCUAUUGUGUGGCCGGGUUUACCGGGCCAAGAAUCCGGUAAUGCGCUUGCCGAUGUUCUUUUGGGAAAGGUGAACCCGUCAGGCCGCUUGCCAUACACGAUUGCGAAAAACGUCAACGAUUAUCCGGCCUCUGUCAGCAAAGAUAUGAAUAUUCCGUAUAAAGAAGGACUACUAAUCGGACACCGUUGGUUUGAUGCCAACGGUAUCCAACCUCUAUUUGAAUUUGGAUAUGGAAUGUCGUAUACGAAAUUCAACUAUGACAAGAUCGCCGUUGAAAUCGAUCCUACUCAUGUGGGCGUAAAAGUUUCCGUCAUGGUGCAGAAUACAGGAAAUAUGGACGGGGCCGAAGUCGUCCAAGCUUACCUUGGCUUCCCUGAAGAUGCUGACGAACCUCCAAAGGUGUUGCGAGGUUUUGAAAAGAUCAACUUAAAGAAGGGCGCACCUGCAGAGCCAGUGACAUUCAGAUUUGGACCGACAGAAUUAAGCUACUGGGACACGGAUAAGCAACGCUGGGUUAUCCCUGUUGGCCAAUUUACCGUGUACGUCGGUGCUAGUAGCCGUGAUAUUCGCCAGGCCGCCAACUUUACAAUUCCGUAA